CCAGGUUAUCAGCCGAUUCGCACCUCGAAUCUGUCUUCUCUCCGCUCUUUUGCCUUCCAUCUCGUCAUACAGUCCUUCCUUUCCUCCGAUUCCAUCUCUUUCGGCACAAUUCACGGGGCCUCGAUUAAGGGUGACAACAUGAAUCCCCAUGUGCAUGUUGUCAAAAAGUUUAGGGAGACCAGAGAGUUCGAUACCUCAGACGCAGCUCGAUUCCCCAAUCGAGUGAGGACCGGCAGUUCUUCUGAGUCGUUGGCGAUUCGUAGGCCAACUCCUGCGGACCAUCCUCCUUCGAUUUAAGAGGAACUGCUGUCCUCCAGUGGUGACUAAGAACAUACUGCUCUCCCACAAAGUUACCGAGAAGAGAUGCUGGGUUCAUACAACACUUGAAGCUAGGAUGAUUGGAUGUACAGACUUAUUUGUCGUCACAUGGUACCUUCUAUGUUGAUGGCGAGUACUUCUGAGGAUCUGGUUCAUCCUAUAUGCGGCUUGUCUCAAGAGUGGUGAGACAGUUUGGCAGUGAUCAUUUGGUCAUGAAGAACCGUUGCUUGGGCAGCGACCGCCUUCAUGUGGAGCUCAAGCGCUUCUCACAAAUUACCUGAAAUGAGCGGAAGGCCGUUUGCGGAGCUGGCAGACAGGGUCAUGCCGUGUCUUGUACGCGGGAGCUUCACGUCUACACGUGUCACCACAGUCACGUGUGUAAGCUGAGACAAUGGGUCCACCUGUGGUCGAACAUCGUCGAGGGUCAAAGCUUGAAGGUGGUCGAUGCUCCACGCAAGUGUGAAAAGCAGUUGUCUCGGUUUUGCCACGCCAUAUGUAAAGGCCUGAUGCACAAAGUUAAAAACCACCGACGGGGCACCAGAAGAUAUGACCGGCCUGGCCAGCUGGGGGGUCUUCGCCUGUCAAGAACAAUCAGCGAAAGCAUAACUAGCUGCAGCAUUGCCUUCAAGAACAACCAUUGUAAUUUUUGGGCACUCAAUCUUUAAGCACCAAUCGUUGCAGAGUCAAUUUUGGUCACUAUUGAACAACGGGGCCGUGAGGAGAUCUUGCUCUUCUGCUAGGAAGCCGACGUCCAGUUCGAUAUGGGACUUCGCCAGUACCGGAAACUUUACGUCAAGGCAAUAUCUUUCGGACUGCGGAGGUUGCUCGGUCUCUCAAAACUCACACCCUCAACGUCAAAGUUGUCACUAUUUUGUCCAUUUCCGAGUCAAGCCAGUCGUCAAUUAUUCGAUUCUCAAGUCUAUCAGGCUGAUCACCUAUGGACUUGGUGCGAUCUGGUCUUGCACAAGCACUGCAGAGACAGCCGAUCUCGCAAAUUCCGACGGCCUACUUCGCCGGAGGAUUUGGAGACGAACACCGACUGCUCUUGCUGUGGAAUUACGCAGAGCCGGUGAAAAAGCAUCAGAACCUGCGAGACGUGCACAGACACGCCGCAGAGAAAGUCUGAAGAUACGUGACUCAUAGAAAGUCAGAAGACCUUGCGAUGAGACGUCAUCAGCAGACAGGUCAAGGACUCAAAGAAGUCAAGAACUCGAAAGCCUCCUGUGAGACAAGCACAAAUGCUUCGCAGAGGACUAGAGUAAGAAGACUCAAAGAAGUCAAGAACUCGAA